AUGGCGACCUCAUCACUAAUAGUUCCGUCUUCUCAGCCGCAAGCUGAUCUGGACAAUGGAAGCAUGCCUAGUUUAUCGGUCAGCAUAAGCCUUGGACAGACUGCGAAGUCUGCAAGUUUGGGAACAAAGCGGCGAAGGAGAAGCAGUGAGACGUCGGCCAACAGUAGCGAUGGCCACGCAAAGAUAGGUAGUGGCAGACGACGAGGAGGAGGACGAAGGAGAAAGGGCCGGAAAAAACCAAACGGACUGGAGCUGAGGGAUGCUUCUGCUGGGUUGGAUAAUGUGGCCAUCACCAGCCAUGAGAGCAGUUCAUCGGAGACGGACCAAUUGGCGGCCGUGGCAAUCCGUGGAGGCAGGAGCGACGGUGCUGGCGCAGCACCUGCCAGUGUGGCCACUUCCAAGUUGAAAAGCAGGUCAAGGCAAGCGCGAGUGCAAGUGCAACAAGUGCGGCACCAACAAGAAGGUGAAAAUAGCCACGAUUUUCACCACCAUCGACACACCCACAGCCAACUUCACCUUCAUGACCGGCCCUUUAGCAGAUCUCACACCAGAUCUCAAAGCCAGCCAUACAACACCGAUGGAAGCAACAAACCAACUGCUGAUGAACUAGACCACCCUUUACAGAAGACCCCUCCAACCUCAUCGUGCAUCUCGCCAGGCACUGACCGACCCGCCAAGUCGGCUUCUUCUACAUCGACCACGUCUUUGGAGAGUAUGGAGCCCCCAGUGCUGUCGCUCUGGGGGCCUGAUCCUAUCCCCCUGCCCCAAAGAUUUGCCAAGAUCAAGAAGGGGUUAAUCGCGGGACAUGAGGCCGAGCUAGAAGCUUCCUGGGGUCGACUUAUUGUUGCUCUUCGCAGUGAAGUCGAUCAUAUCGAGGGCCUCGGCGCUCACCUAAUUCCGUCGGUUGAGUUCAAUGAUCUCAAAGACCCUGCGCAAACAGCACGUUUUGGCCGCGACCUGCGCCGCUAUGGUGUUGGCGUCGUUCGCAAAGUUAUUCCUCGCCAAGAAGUUGACUCUGCAGUUCGGGACACAGUGCGAUACUUGGAUGGUCGAAGAAGAGGAUAUGGUGGUGGACAAACCGAACCCGAACCCACCACUGGUAACCAAGAACACAGAACGUCUCUUUUGCCGCAUUUCCGGGCACCUGUGCAAGAUCCAACUUGCUUUGACUGCUUUUGGACACCGGCACAAGUGCGCUGCCGAGCCCAUGGUAAUGUUCUACAUGCCCAGAGAUUCAUGAUGAGUUUGUGGGAGGCGCAGGAAGACGGCCGCCUUGAGACUCGCCUCCCUAUUACAUAUGUUGAUCGACUACGUGUUCAUGGAGGAGGCUUCGACGCCAGCACAAGCGGUACUGGAACUCCAAAACUACCGAAUACAACGUCAUCCACCCCAGGUUUGAAUUUCGCCUGGCCUCGCUCACAGCCAUCACCUCGAGAACCUCAACAACAAUUGCAGUCGCAGCUCCUCGCAUCACAAUCUGCAGAUGAUUGGAUAACAGCCCUUCAGUCAGCAGCGGGAAUCAUCGCGCAAGUGGAUAAUGGUUCUCUGGAAAGAUGGGAGCCUGACGGUUAUGGACGCAGUCAAACUUAUGACAAAGUGUUUCAUGGCCGAUGGGAGGACUACGAACCUUGGGAGUGUACCGGACGUGCUUCUUCAACAAUGGAUUUAUAUAACGGAUAUGGUGCUUGUACCAUAUUUAGAAUGUUUCAGGGACUUCUAGCACUCUCUACAAUCGAGCCAGGGAUGCUGCGACUUCUACCGUCACCGAAACUUGCAACUGCCUAUUACCUUCUCCGACCUUUUUUUGCCGCGAAAACCCCGGCGCCAGAAAGAAGAUCUGGAGCGGAAUGGGACGCCUAUCUUGACGCCAGCAACUGGGAGCUUCAGCAUGAACCAGACACAACGAUCCACGGUGCUGUGCCAGGUCAUGCGCAACGCCUCACGGAGCGAUGGCAUCCUCAUCUUUACCUACGAAGCAGCCUUGUUACCCUGCCAACCCUACAACCAGGCGACUACAUAUUCUGGCAUCCCGACCUUCCAUAUCACAUAUCCAGUAACAGUGGCCAGGGCUUGCAUACUCCCAGUACCCCCGGAGCAGACGAUAUUAGCAUGCUUGUUUAUAUCCCCGCAGCUCCCCUCACGCAAACGAACGCUUUGUAUCUUGCACGCCAAAGGAAAGCAUUUCAGCGAGGACAGCCGGGUCCGGACUUCGACUCGUCUGGGAGAGGAACUGUAGCCGAGGACACAAACGUCAUGCCUGGUGAGAAGGAAAUUGCGGAGUUGGGCGGUGCGUCAGCUCUACGAGCAAUGGGGCUCCAACCAUGGCUACCAGAUGAUGAGGAGGACACUCCGGAAGCUCGAAAGAACCUUGUUUCAAAGGCUGCGGCCCCUUCGGCAGAAAACGAGGUCGUCCGGAUCGCCAACCUUAUUCUAUUCCCUGAUUGA